UUCGUAUUUUUUUGAAAGGAGAAAUCUGGAAAAAAGAUGGUGAAUGUUGGCAGUGCAGAGCUGCUGCCUGAGAUUGGCACUGAAAAUGACAUUGUGGGUGGAGAUGAGUUAAAGACAGCUUUAGACGCCAAUUGCAAUCAUUCCCUGGAUCGGGGUGUCGCCGAAGAUGGAAAGCAGAUGUUGAAACUUGAUUCGAUUGGUUCUCAAAAUGUUGAUGUUUUUUCCGAGAGGAGGACCCGCAAUCGGCAUUCCAAUGAAGAGCAAUUUUCUGCGAAGCCGAAGCAAAUUUUUCGGUACGGAAAUUACAACCAAUACUACGGCAAAAGGAACCCCAACGGAGAAGACGUUCGUUUGGAUCACCUGCCUCGGGCCUGGUUCGAGAACAAAAGCUGUCUGGACAUUGGCUGCAACAUUGGACACAUCACUUACAGCAUCGCUAGGGAUUUCUGUCCUCGUCGCAUCGUCGGCAUCGACAUUGAUCCUUCACUAGUUCACAUUGCCCGGAAAAACCUACCUCAUUACUUUAGCUCAGGAGAAAACACUUCCGAAGAUGGGCCCAUGGCCCAGAAACGUGCGAAGAAGUCGGAUCUUGCGAAAGACCUGCGUCUUGACGGGAAAUUCCGAGGAGCAGCUAAAAUGCGACACGAUUUUCCGUACAACAUCGGGUUCGUGGCAGGGAAUUAUGUUGGUGAUGAUGACACUGUUGUGGACACUUCAAAACCAGAGUAUGAUGUCAUCUUGUGUCUGAGUGUGACCAAGUGGGUGCAUCUGAACUUCGGUGAUGCCGGGAUCAUGCGGCUUUUCAAAAGGGUUUUCAAUCAACUUAGACCGGGAGGGGUUUUCGUAAUGGAGCCGCAGACGUGGAAGACUUAUGCCAAGUCUUACAAAAUAUGUGAAGAACUGCGGCGUACGUACCAGGAAAUCAAGAUCAGGCCAGUGGAUUUUCCCAAGAUCUUGAUUCUGGAAGUUGGAUUCGAACGAAUGCAGGAACUUAGUGAAGGAGAUGGCUCAAAGUCAGGAUUUUCAAGAUCCGUCCAAGCGUAUUUCAAAAAGGAUUCUUGAAAAAAAUGGCAUUAUAGUCAUUAUGGAACUGUGUUGGCCUCUUGUGUUGAAAUCUCCAUGCUCAAGUGGAGAAUGAGGGAUUGUUUUUUGCUAAAGAUUUUGAGGCUUGUUUUUUUACGGUUUGAAAUUAUUUCGGUUAUACUGUAUUUGGUAGCGCAUCCUGGUUGAUAUUAAAGGUUCGCUUGAAGAA